UUUCUUCAAAUGCAAUUCAAUUUCAAAAGAAAUUUCUCCAUACACAGAUCUACUUCUGUUUCCAUGGCAUCUUCUUCCCAACAAGAACCCCACCCCUUACUAUAUCCCUACAAUGACAACGAUUCUCUGCCGGCCGUAGACGACAAAUCGAACGACGGCGGCGACGCACCGCAGGUCAGGAUCGAGGCGAUUCCACACUACCUUGCUCUGGAUGCUUCCGCUUCCAUCUCUUCACUCUACGUUUUAAUUAAACUAACCGCGCCGCCGACGUCUGAAUUCCGGCAAGAUCUCCGGCAUGCUCCGAUCGACCUCGUUAUAGUGCUCGAUUCGAGCGAAUGCAGCUUCGACGACUCGUAUAUGGCUCACAUUAAAGAAGCACUUCAUUUCGUUAUACAGAACUUAGGCCCCUUCGACCGGCUUUCGAUCGUGUCAUUUGCGAACCAAGCUCGACGAAUUUUACCGUUGCGCGCAAUGAAUAACCGCGGGCGAAAAGCUGCGGCGGCAGCAGCCGAGUCGAUCGUUGUCGAAGGUGGCUCGGGGAAUCCUGCCGAGGGGUUGAAACAGGGGAGUCGAGUUCUCGAGGAAAGGCCAUACAACGACAAUCCGUACGCGAGUAUUAUACUUUUAUCCCACACGCAGCAAGCGUGGCCGAUUUGCGAAAAACAUCUCCGGUUUCCUAUUCACGCCUUCGGCAUUGGUCGGGACCAUGACGCUGUCGCAAUGCACGCGGCGUCGGAUAAAUCCAAGGGCAGCUAUAUGUUCCUCAAGUCGUAUGGAGCAGUUCUUGGAGCGAUUUCUAGCUGCAUUGGAGGUCUUUUCAGCGUCGUCGCGCAAGAUCUUUGCGUAACUGUAGCGGUGACCUCGCCGAUAGAAAUCAAAGAGGCGUACACCGGUGGGUUCAAAAGAGUCAAGUCCAGGAAAAACAGUCAAGUUACAAUAUACGCCGGGGACUUCUACGCCGAUCAGAAAAAGGAAUUCGUUGUCCGUAUAGCGAUCCCUCGGCUGUUUCGUGAAAACAUUGACGAAUUCGGAAAGGCGCCGCUGGUGAAUAUCGUGUGUUUAUACAACGAUGUGGUGACACAACUCUCGGUGGUGGUAAAGUGCCCCUUACUCGAGCUGGACAGGCCGACGGCGACAUUCUUGCGAGAGAUGCUCGAGAUUCUACGAAGGAUAGGAACUCUUGAGAGGUACAAAGCCGGGGGGCGAGCUUAUAUGCUCUCGACUAUAAGUUCGCUCAAGUUUCAAAAGGCGACGACAAGAGGCGAUCGACUGCAAAAGGAAUUCACGACGCGAGAAAAAGCUUUCGACGAAUGCGAAGCAGCUCCUAAAAAGGCUACGAAGAUGAAAGACAGUUUUAUUAUCGACGGAAAUCGCAUCGAAAAUUGGAUGGUUUAUAAGUUGUGAUGCUGAAAGUAUGGAUCAUAUAAGUUCGUUGUUCUUAGCUUUUGGUUUUAACAUUUUUGUGUCCUGUUCUUGUUUUUCGAUUGUC